UAGAGAGAGAAAAAAAGAAAGAUCUUUAAGAAUUUCGAUCCAAUCACAUAUGCGUUUGAUCUUCAAAUAAUCUUGCAGGGUUUUAUCAUGAGUAACAUACCCAGAUCGCUUACGGAUUCUUCAUUCACCCUCUUCAAGCUUACAAUCUCCACCUCUGAUCCUUGGCCAUUCUCUAUCCUCUUCUUGUAACAAAGUUAUAUAUUGAUCAGCGUUAGUUUAAGUGUUAAUCUAAUCAUAAAAUUUCUCUAUUCCGUUAAUUGUCGAGAAAUCGAAGAUAUGGGUGGCGGUGGAGACAAGAAUCUGCUCAGUUUUCAUCUCAUGGCUCAUCUUCAUCUUCAUCAUCAUCAUCACGCCGGAGGGAAGAAAGACACAUGCGGCGGGGCAAAAGACAUCCCUAAGGGUUUCAUGGCGAUUAAGGUUGGACAAGGAGAAGAACAACAGAGGUUUAUCAUACCUGUUAUGUACGUGAAUCAUCCACUGUUCAUGCAGCUGUUGAAGGAAGCAGAAGAAGAAUAUGGAUUUGAUCAGAAAGGUCCAAUCACCAUCCCUUGCCAUGUGGAGGAGUUUCGCCAUGUUCAAGGUAUUAUUGACAAAGAGAAUAGCCCACAUCUUCAUCACCACCAUCACCAUAACCAUGGUCAUCAUCAUCAUCAUCUCCCCUGUUUUAGGGUUUGAAGGGUUAGGUAGCUACUAUGUUUAACUUAAAAAAAGAAAAGAAAAAGGACAUGGGUUUGUUUAAUUUUGAUGUUUUAUUUGUUUUUGUCAACAAUCUAUUGAUGAAUACAAGUGUUUGUUUGUGUCCUAA